UACAGAGUGCAGGAGCGCCGACAAGAGUUAGUGCUGUAAACAGAGAACGAUAAUAAGAAGAAGUAUUUCUAAAACAAGAAUAAAACCCAGACGAGAACAGCAGAGCACUUGAGGCUGGUUUUCAUGGAAUUUACAAGAAAAUAUCUGCCCAUGGAAUGGGAGGAACGCUGGAGAAAAGAGAAAGAGAGCAGGAAAAAGAUAAUAGAAGAAGGUGGAGAGAAGUUUGAGGAGGAGAGCAGGAAGCUAAAAUGGAUCAUGUCCUACAAUGACAGGAGGAUAGGAAUGAAAGAAGGGGCGGUGAAAGAAACAGAGGCUGGUGAUAUGGAGGAAGAUGCACCAAUGCGAAGGUACCAUAGACAAAGUUACCCAAGUGAGAUCGUCCAGACUCUGGAGGAGAUGAAGCAGGAGAAUGUCCUCACUGACCUGAUCAUGAGCACUGAGGAUGGGUUCAGCCUCCACGUUCACUUGCUUGUCAUGGCUGCAGUGAGCUCCGUCAUCCAGCAAAAGCUCCGGGAGAGGGAUGGAGAUGAGAAGGAGAUCUCGCUGAGAUUGGGUCCUGAGGUUAAUGGUUUUGGUUUGGCUGCAGUGGUGGAGCUCGCUUACACUGGAGCCAUCACCGGUCUAAACAAAGACAACAUGACACAGAUCCAGACUACAGCUGUUAGUCUGGGAGCUCAGAGAGUCCUGGAGCUCGUCGAAUUGGAGGAAGAUGGAGGUAACAAGGAAGUAAAACAGAAAAAGGUCUCAGCAGAAGAGCAAAUGAAGGUCAACCUGCAGUCCAUGAAGGACUUAUGGGACAAAAGAGUGGGAUGUGAUGUAGAACUGGUUGCAGAAGGAUCUGUUUUCUGUGCUCACAGAGUGCUCCUGGCAGCCAGCAGCGACUACUUCAGAGGCAUGUUCACCAGCGGUAUGAAGGAGAGCCAGCAGGAGUCUGUGCCUCUGCUGUUAGUUGGAGCCGCUGAGCUCGAGACCCUCCUGCACUGUGCCUACAGCGGCGCUCUUGUGCUCGGAUGGGGCUGCGUGUUCGAACUUGCCUGUACCUCACUCCAGUUCCAAUUUCAGCCCGCCAUCUCACUCUGCCUCAAGUUCCUGGAGCAAGAGAUGGACAUCCACAACUGUCUGGACGUGGCGUCUUUCGCAGAGGCCUACGGGAUGGCUGACUUGCUAGAGCUGGCUGAGGAUUUUGUCCUUAGACACUUCCAAGAAAUAUCUGCCACCCCAAAGUUUCAGGACCUCCCAGCUCAGAAGCUUCUGCAGUUCCUCCGAUGCGACGCGCUGUCCACUCCAUCGGAACUGGCUGUUUUCCGAGCAGUCGUCACUUGGGUGGAUGCGGAUCCCAACGAACGGCUCCCGCAGGCCGAAGAGCUCAUGCGAGCAGUGCGUUUUCCAUUCAUGACCUUCCGGGAAUUUCGAGAGGUUCGUGCUGUGAACCUGAGCAUGGAAUGCAGUGGAGAAGUCGAGGUUGAACUCUACAAAACAGCACUAAAAGAGUUUGGAUUUGGCAUCUCUGAUCGUGUGGCACACCAACGUGUACGUCACCCCAAAGACGCCCUGGUUUUGGUCGGAGGUGAUGAGCUGCAUCCAGACAUGGGUAAACGGCUUCCCAGCAAGCAGCUCUGGUUUGCCAACUCUCUGAGAAGCGGAACAGGCCUCGUGAAGGAGAUUGAGUGGAGAUUGCUGGGUGACAUGCCAGAUCAGGCCAGAUUAAGGCACGGUGUUGGGGUUCUUGACCGUCAACUAUAUGUAGCUGGAGGCUGCCAUUUCUAUGCAAAGUCUGACACCUUGAAAUCUGUUUACAGGUACGACCCUGAGCAAGACCACUGGAAAAGACUGGCAGACCUUCAUGAAUUUAGGAGUAACUUUAUGCUGGUGGUGAGUGGAGACAGUCUGUAUGCUAUUGGAGGAGACAAAGACAUCAACACAAAUCUUGAGAGUGUGGAAAAAUACUCACCAGAAACAGAUACAUGGAGCUUCUGCCAUCCUUUGGACCAAGCCUUGAGCGGUCAUGCUGCCACCGUCUGGGGAGGCGAGAUCUUCAUCUCAGGAGGCUUCAACUGCAAGUACGAAUGCCUGGUGUCCAUGUUCCUCUACCACCCAGAGAGAGGAACCACGUACCUCGCUGAGAUGACCCACGACCGAGCCCAACACUGCAUGGAGAGUCUGAAUAACCGUUUCUAUGUAGCUGGCGGGGUGUGCAACCUCCGAAAGUACUACACCGACCAACUGGUCUGUGAGAUGUACAGUCCUGUAAGUGACAUCUGGACAGUGUUAACUCCUCUCCCAAUUCCCCACGUCGGCGCUGCCUCUGCCAUCCUGGAGGAGAGGCUGUAUAUUCUAGGUGGUUAUUGCCAGGAGGACUAUAGCGAAGCCAGACUCACCCAUCGCUAUGAUCCAGUGAUGCAGAGAUGGGAGAGCAUGGGAAAGAUGCAUGGUGCCGUCACAGAUGUACGUGCAUGCCUCCUCUCUCUGCCUGAUCACAUCAGAAAAUGAGAAUCAGAUGAGCAAAUGUUUGUUAGCUUUAUUUGUGAAACUUGACAAUCUAGUGAGAUACCUUGUUGUCUGCAUAGGAGCUGAGUAUCGGAAAUGUUAACUCAGAAGUGAUU